CGUUUCAACGCGCAUGCGUCUUCGGCGAUUUUCUUCCACACGAGCCUGGUGAAAAUGGCGGAGCAAAGUUCUGUGCCGAGUGAUCUUUACAAACAUGUCUAUUCAUUUCUACUGGAGAACAAGUUUACCAAGGCUGCCCAGCACUUCAUCAAACAAGCUAAAGUGCCACCCCAGGAUGAAAAAGAGGCCGCUGGUCUUCUUGACAUUUUCAACUUCUGGGUGAAGUCUCCCGAAGCUAAGAAACGCAAGGCGCUGCCCAUCGGUCCUGGAUCCAGUGACAGUCCGUCUGCUAAGAAGGCAAAGACUGCAGAGAGCUCCAGUGAGGAGUCGAGCAGUGAGGAGGAGGAAGCUGCAGCACCUGCCAAGGCCACACCCACAGCAGCCAAGGCUCCUCGCCCUGCUAAAUCAGAUUCCAGCAGCAGUGAUGAUUCCAGUGACGAAGAGGAGGAGGCUGUAGCGAAGAAACCUGUAGCAGCCAAAGCCCCAGUGAAGAGCCCAGUGGCAGUCGGGACAAAGAGCUCCAGCAGUGAGUCAUCUGAAGAUGAGGCCAAAGCUCCUGCAGCUAAACGAAAGGCUGCAGCCGCGACCCCUAAGGCAGGAAAGGCUCCUGCCGCGACCCCUAAGGCAGGAAAGGCUGCAGCCGCGACCCCUAAGGCAGGAAAGGCUGCAGCCGCGACCCCUAAGGCAGGAAAGGCUGCAGCCGCGACCCCUAAGGCAGCAGCUCAGAAGAAGACUGCGAGCAGCAGCAGUAGUGAAGACACCUCCAGUGAAGACGAGGCACCCACUAAGACCCCGGUGAAACCUCCUGGCCCCGUCAAGACCCCUCCAGCUAAAGACAGUAGUUCCUCGGACAGCAGUGAUGACAGCAGCGAUGAGGAGGAGGAGAAGAAGAAGAAAGUGUCAGCUAAAACAGUCAAAACCACCCCAGCCAAGACUGUGACCCCCAAAGCUGCUGCAGCUGCUAAGAAGGCAGAGUCCAGCUCUGAGAGCACAGACUCCAGCUCUGAAGAAGAAGCAGCGAAGGCUACCCCAGUGAAGUACCCCAGUGAAGGCUACCCCAGUGAAGGCUACCCCAGCGAAGGCUACCCCAGCGAAGGCUACCCCAGCAGAACCCCAGCAGAAGACUCUGACUCUAGCUCUGAGGAUGAAGAAAAGGCUAAGAAGCCACAAGUAAUAAGGGUUAAGUCCACAGCUGUCAAAGUAACGGUUACCCCUGCCAAGGAAGACUCUUCCUCAGACUCCAGCUCAGAGGAAGAAGAGGAGGAGAAGGGUUCGAAGACUGUGAAAGUGGCGCCAGCUACAGCAACCGUAACGGUGGCAGAGGUGAAGGAGCGGGGGGCCAAGACUGUGACUGUAGCGGGGGCCAAGGCUACUGUGAAGGUGGUUGAAGACGGCUCCUCUUCCUCGAGUUCAGAGGAUGACGAAGAGGGGACAGUGAAAGCAGCACCAGCUAAGUCGACUCCUACCGUGACCCGAGGCAAGGCUGCUGAAUCCUCCUCGGACUCUGACUCGAGCUCAGAAGAUGAGGAAGAGGCUAAAAAACCAGCAGCCAAGGUGACUCCAGCGAAGACUGCCCCAGCUAAGAAAUCAGGCUCUUCCAGCUCUGACUCUGACAGCAGUUCUGAGGACGAGACACCAGCUAAACCUGCUGCAGCUGCUCCCAAGGCCCCAGCCAAGGCUGCUACAGAAAACAGCUCGGACUCCGACUCUUCUUCUGAAGAUGACGAACCCCCAGCUAAGAAGGCUACCCCAGCCUCUGUUGCUAAAUCAGCUUCCAAACCAGCAACCCCGGUUCCUAAAUCAGCUUCCAAACCAGCAACCCCGGUUACUAAAGCAGCCGAGAGCAGUUCAGACUCAGACUCUAGCUCAGAUGAGGAUGAGGCCAUAGCUAAGAAGGCUACCUCUAAACCAGCCACCCCAGUGGUGACUAAAUCAGCCCCAGCCAAGGCAGCAGCCGAGAGCAGCUCCGAUUCAGACAGCUCGGAUUCGGAGGACCAGGCUGCUGCUACGAAGAAGACCACCCCCAAGACCACCCCCAAACCUGCAGCCAAGAGUCCUGCCGUCAAGACACCGGCUAAAGCUGCAGAGUCGUCAUCGUCCGAGGAGAGUAGCUCUGAGGAAGAGGCCAGUAAAAAGACUGUGAAACCCGCUGCCGUCCCCAAGACCGCCCCCAAGACCGCCCCCAAGACCACCGCAGCAGCCAGACCUAAAGCCAAGGAGGACAGCAGCUCUUCAGAUGACUCAAGUGAUGAAGAGGCCACGCCCAAACCAGCAGCAGCAAAGGCUACAACACCAGCCUCGGCUAAAAAGGCAGCCGAAAGCAGCUCCGACAGUUCCGACUCGGAGGUGGAGACAGAGGCCGCCAAGACGACGCCUGCUAAGCCUGUUCUGACCAAUGGAAAGCCAGCUACACCCAAAGCAACAACCUCUGCAGUCAAGGUAACGAAACAGACCAAGGCUGCCGAGUCUUCCUCUUCCGAGGAGAGUAGCUCUGAGGAAGAGGAGGCCAGUAAAAAGACUGUGAAACCUGCCGCCACCCCCAAGACCACCCCAGCAGCCAGACCUAAAACCAUGGAGGCCAGCAGCUCAUCAGAUGACUCUUCUUCUUCUGAAGAAGAGGAGGCAGCGGAGAAAGCACUGGCAGCAGUCACCACUCCCAUCGCUAACGGCAUUGUAAAUGGUAAGAGAAAAAGGGAUGGAGGAGCCUCAGAGGACGAGGAAGAAUUAACGACACCUAAAAAUAACAAAGCAACAACAACACCACAGACGUUCCCUAAAGUCUCUAAGAAGAUCAAUGUACCUUUCCGUAGAAUAAGAGAGGAGGAAAUUGAUGUGGAUAACCGACUGGCUGACAACUCCUUCGACGCCAAGCGCGGGUCGGAUGGAGACUGGGGCCAGAGGGCCAAUGACGUGCUCCGCUUCACCAAGGGGAAGUCCUUCCGUCACGAGAAGACCAAGAAGAAGAGGGGUAGCUACUGUGGAGGAGCCAUCUCCCAGUCCGUCAACUCCAUCAAGUUCGACAGCGACUGAGAACCUAGUCAUCGUUUGUCACUACCCCUCUUCCUCCCCUCUCGACCCAGGACUAUCUGAGGACCAGGACGGUCUGCCCCCCUCCCCAUCCCGACCUCCCCCUCAGCAGAAACCUGAGCUGAAGAUCGUGAACUGAACUAGAGCUGAGACUCAAGUGGCUGGUGAUUUGUAGUUCGUACGUCUGUGUUAAUUAAACCAGUCCUUUUAAAAUGCACAUUUCUGUAAUGGUGGAAUGACGCUGUAGAAGUGGAGAUUAGCUUUCCUUGAAAUGGCACCCAGUCAAGACACCUCCCCUGUGUCCUAAAUUACACCCUAUUCCCUACGUAGUGCACUACUUUUGACCUGAUCGAAAGUAGUGCACUACGUAGGAAAUGGGGUGCAGUUUAGGACAGAAGAAAAGCUGCAGGCGAGGUGUCUUGACUGUCUCCCCUGUGCCUUCAGGACGGAGCACAAAGGAUUCAUGUACAACAUAUAGCCACCAGGUGGCGGUAGUCAGCCACCAAUUCAGUUAAAUAUCAAUUCAAACUGUUUUCAGAUUUUUCUCUCGGCCACUUAAUAUGUUGCUUGUUGUGAAAUUGUUAGCCUGGAUCUCAUACAUUCUGUCCAGUGAUAUAUAUAUAUUUUAUUUUUUCUUCCCCCCCAGUCGUAAAUUUAAAUUCUGUUUCUUGUUUAUUGCAGUUUGCAUUGCGGGGAAAGGGGUUAUUCGUUAGAUUUUUUUUUGUGUUGUCAGGAAAAUCACUGUUUUUGUAUGGAACAUGCAGACCUGUGGGGUUUGUUUUUGAGGGUUGAAUGAAAUGUUCUUUUAGUUUCUCUCUUGGUAUGAUUUAUUAUGGUGUGGAUAUUUCGUAGUGGGUGCGUUCCAGGCUGACUACAUUUGCAGUGGCCUAACCAGAUCUCACGCCUGGAUAAGGAUUCAACCACUGCAAUGUUAGUCAGCCUGGAACGCACCCGUUUUAGAUCAGUAUUUUUUUUUUUUUUUUUAGCCUGGGAGUAUCAGGGAUCAUCCAACUGUUAUUACAAGCUGCAGUCUAAAAAUAACUUCCUGGGUUGUGUUCAGUAGGAUGCACUGAAACAAAACGUUUUGAAACGGUAAACUCCGUUUCUAAAAAAAAAAAAAAAAAAAAAAGUAAUUCUGUUGUGCCUACUGAACAGGAUCUGGUUGCAUCUGAAAUGGUACCCCGUUCACUAGUGGUCGUAAGUAGUGUACUGUAGGGAAUACGCUGCCAUUUCAGAUGUGAUGUUGAUUCCUGCUGAAGUCAACUGCCAGCCUAUUGGUUCAUUUGGUUCAGCAGCCAACCACACGUUGUUUUAAUUUUGUGAAUUUUCAAUUUCCUGUUUCUAGUCUUAUUUUCUUAUUGAGUAUUGUUAUUACGUGAAUAAAAUACCUAGUUGUUCCAAUCUC